AUAUCCUUCCGACCAACCACUUCAUCCGAACCCGCCCUCCCGACUCUGGACCGCCGAAUCGUCGAACCCAUCGCCAAGCGCGGAGGAGCGAACGAAGAGCCUCCCAGAUCAACGGCUCCGAUUAAAGGAACCUCGAGCGGUCUCCGAAGCAGGCCCGAUUCGUCGUCCCGUAGUCGCCAGAGGGGUUCCGUUCAUGUAUGUACAGUCGCGGCCUUGUCUGAAGAGGGCGAGCGAAGCGAAAGCGCUGCUCCGCUGAGUCGAUCGUGCAAUCCUCCCUUUCUCCAAAACGACCCCUUUUUAUCUCCCCAUCAGUCCCAGUCGAUCGCUUCGUUUCAGAUCGAAGAAUCAAACUUGUUCCUCUUUUUUUGAUUCGACAUGAUUCAAGUUUGAAGUUGAAGUCUGCCCAUUCAAUUAGGGUUUGUCUUCACGCGCUGCCCGCUGCCCGCUGCCCGCUGCCGUCGCCGCCUAUCCAUCGGCUGUCCGUCGAUCGCCGCCGACUUCUUUGCGGGUAGCUCACAAUUCUGCUUUUAUUCUGAAGUGCAUCAAGCUGUCAUCCACUGCUCUUGAUAUAAUGCUGACUCAGAACAUUUUCUCUAAGUGUGUGCGGUGGACUAGUUACUUCUCCUUGGCAUUUGCCCCGUUUUCCACUUUGACAUCCAGUUCAAAAGUGUCAAGCGUAGAGGAGCCUUUGGGUUUUGACACCAUGCCAAGAUUAAGUGUUGUAGGCAGACUUCAACAUUGCACUUCCAGUUCUUCCAGGUCCAGAAUUGAUGAAGCAACAAUGGGCAAGUGCCUAAGUGAAGGAAGAGAAUGCAGCUUAUCUGAACGUUGCAAUGAAGAACAUGAUUCGAGAAGACAACCAAGGGAUAUGUUUUCUAGAGACCCAUUAAUCUGGAAAAGUAUUGGUAGGAACCGGAUGAUAUGUAGUGUCUCUGAUCCAUGGCAUCUACAAAAUCAUCGACAUAAGUCAUCUUGCAAUGACAUGGAAAUAGGUGGUCUAGCAGGCAAGUUCUUCAGAAGUAUACCAAGAUUUGUGAAGAUUGUAGAAGUUGGGCCUAGAGAUGGUCUACAAAAUGAGAAGCUUACUAUACCUACAACUGUAAAGGUUGAAUUGAUACACAAGUUGGUUUCCUCUGGAUUAUCUGUUAUUGAAGCGACAAGUUUUGUCUCUCCAAAAUGGGUACCUCAGCUAGCAGAUGCAAAGGAUGUCAUGCAAGCAAUUCCUCUAUUAGAUGGUGUCAAAUUUCCUGUGUUAACUCCCAAUCUCAAAGGUUUUGAAGCAGCUAUUGCAGCUGGUGCAAAGGAAGUUGCUGUAUUUGCAUCAGCUUCUGAGUCCUUUUCUAAGUCCAACAUCAAUUGCAGCAUUGAAGAGAGUCUCAAUCGUUAUCGUGAAGUUGUUUCUGCUGCAAAAGAACUUGCAAUUCCUGUUCGUGGGUAUGUGUCCUGUGUUGUGGGUUGUCCUGUAGAAGGAGCAGUGCCUCCAGAACAGGUGGCAUACGUAGCUAAAGAACUCUAUGAGAUGGGCUGUUAUGAGAUUUCACUUGGUGAUACCAUUGGAGUUGGUACUCCAGGCACUGUGAUUCCAAUGCUUGAAGCUGCAAUGUCUCUUAUUCCAAUAGACAAGCUUGCCGUUCAUUUUCAUGAUACCUAUGGCCAAUCACUCUCAAAUAUUUUGGUUGCCCUCCAAAUGGGAAUCAGUGUCAUCGACUCAUCUGUGGCUGGCCUGGGUGGAUGCCCCUACGCAAAGGGAGCUUCUGGGAAUGUUGCUACUGAAGAUGUAGUGUACAUGCUUAAUGGCCUAGGCACAAAAACAAAUGUGGAUUUGGGAAGGCUCAUGGCUGCUGGGGACUACAUUUGCAAACACUUGGGGCGUCAGUCCGGAUCGAAAACUGCCAUUGCAUUGAGCCGAGCUACUGCAUAUGCCUCUAAGUUGUAGCUAUGUUAUGUUAUCCACCGUCGAUUGUCCCUCGUAAGUGGUUUUAGUUGAGAUAAUUGAUCUGUGUUCCUAAAAGGAAUGAAAUAAAUGGUUGUGAACACCGAUGAAAUAAAUGUAAGUUCACAUUGCCAUAAUGGACUUAUAUGCCAGAUCGAAAUGUAAUAAAAAUGUGCGAUACCGAUAGGGGUGCUUGGUCUUUU